CUUGGCUUCUUGCAGAGAAUUUAGAGGAGAAUCUCUGAGUCUCAUAUAAAACAAACACUUUGUGUUCAAAAUCAAUGAAAAUAAAGAGGAUUAAGAGAUUUUUCAUUAAGGAAAAUGGAUAUGGAAAUGGAAUUCCAAAUCAUUUCCAGAGAAACUAUUAAGCCUUCUUCUCCAACUCCAAACCACCUUAGAACUCACAAGCUUUCCAUCAUUGAUCAGCUAGCCAUUCAGUGCUAUGUCCCUGUCCUCCUUUUUUACCCUUCCAAUGGCCAAGAUUCUAGCCAACGAUCAAGUCUUCUUAAGAAAUCCUUGUCGCAGAUAUUAACCCACUUCUAUCCUUUUGCUGGAAGAGAGGUGAACAGUUCUUGGAUUGAUUGCAAUGAUGAGGGAGCAAGUUUUGUUGAAGCAAAUGUAGCUGCUGACUUGUCUAUGCUCCUCAAGCAACCUCAAUUUGAACUGUUGCAGCAACUAUUGCCCUGCAAGCCAAAUGAGAAUUCAGUUCCAUUUCGUGCCAGGGAAAUUCUAGCUGUUCAAGUGAACUAUUUUAUUUGUGGUGGGAUGACUAUUGGUGUCUGCAUUAAGCAUUUGAUUGCUGAUGCAUCGACAGUAGCAUCUUUCAUUGAACGCUGGGGUGCUGUUGCUUGUUUUGCUGAUACUGAUGUUAAUGGUGUGAUCUUGGAUCGCACUAGUCUGUUUCCUCCUAUUGAUAAAACAGAAGGCUUAUCAUGGGGUGAUAGUUCAGAUGAAGAAUUCUUACCUGAAAUUGUGAUGAAGAGGCUUGUGUUUAAUGGUUCAAAGAUUGCUGCUCUAAGAGAAAGAGUUGGCAAUGGACUGUAUCUAGAUCGACCAUCGCGUUUUGAGGCUGUAUCUGCACUAAUUUGGGGUGCUUCCAUAGCUGCAACUAGAGAAACUGAUGAAACUGUUGAUUAUCAUGUGGCAAUGAGUGUUGUGGAUCUGCGAAAGAAAUUGAAUCCACCUUUGCCACAGCAAUGUAUAGGAAAUAUCUGCCAAGUCACAACAGCAAAAUGCUCAAUGGAGAAAUCAACAGACUAUAAUGAAUUAGCACAAAAAAUUCGUGAGUCGAUAAGAAAGGUAGACGAUGAGAGUGUGAGGAAGUUCCAUGAAGAUGGAAAAUGGUUGGAUUUUGUGAAAAAGUUAGGGGAAGAGUAUGGGAAGAAGUCUAAGGUCAGGAUGUUCAAAUUUAGCAGUUGGUGUAGAUUUCCAUUUUAUGAAGCUGACUUCGGUUGGGGAAAGCCCAUUUGGGUAAGUACUGCAAUGGAGCAGGAAAAUGGUGCCAUUUUCUUGGAUUCUAGUGAUGGCCAGGGAAUUGAGGCAUGGGUGGCACUGCCUAAGGAAGACAUGACCCAACUUGAACAAAACCCAGAUAUUCUUGAAUUUGCUUCUUUCAGUUGAAGAACAUGAACUCUCAUUUAAAGUUAGAUAAUUGCAAAUAAGGGUCUUCAUUGCCCUAGCCACUUUUCUUAAAAUGCCUCUAGCAUUUUAGAGCAGUCUUGUGUCAUUCAAUUCUGUUUAUGGUUCUUUCCUUUGUAUGCUAUUCCUCUUUACCAAUGAAAAUCCUUCAUUUCCAGUUUAAGAAA